AUGUUUUGGAUAACCUUUUUCGCGUCUUGUUUUCUCGUAAACGGUUUAAACCAUAAUUAUGGUAUAAGAAAUUUUUUCGCCGUCGAAGAAGAACCGCCUCUAAUUCUAUCACCUUUGAUAUCCGAAGGAAAAAUAAAAGAAGCACAAAAUAAAGCUGCCGUUACGAAUUUGAUGCCCGACGACGUUAAGAGUUUUUCCGGGUUUUUAACGGUGGAUUCGACAUGUCAAUCAAACAUGUUUUUUUGGUUUUUUCCAUCUCAAAAUAACGCAUCCUCCGAUCCGGUGGUCGUGUGGUUAAACGGUGGACCGGGAUCCUCAUCGAUGUUGGGUCUCCUCACGGAAAACGGACCCUACCGAUUAACCGUUGAUGGAAAUUUAACGAAAAAUAAAUAUUCGUGGAAUCGAAACAGUUCCGUUAUUUACGUCGACAAUCCUGUCGGAGCGGGUUUCAGUUUUACCAAAAAUUCUACCUGCUACAGCAAAAACGAAGUGCAAGUUGCUGAUAAUUUUUUAAAAUUUUUAAAAGAAUUUUUCCGUUUAUUUCCUUUAUUGAAAAACAAUAAAUUUUUUCUCACCGGAGAAUCGUACGCUGGAAAAUACAUACCGGCCAUAGCUUUUGCUCUUUUCAAUGGUAAAACGGAUUUGCAUUUGGAUGGUAUAUCCAUCGGAAACGGUUUAAUAGAUCCUAUAAAUCAACUUCAUUAUGCCGAACAUUUUUAUCAACUUGGAUUAACAGAGGAUAAAAUAAAAUUUGAAAUGGAAAAAGCGGAAAACGAAAUCAAAGAAUUGAUAAAAGCUGGAAAUUAUUCAGGUGCCGCAACAAAACGAACGGAAAUGAUAAAUGUUAUUUUUGGAAAAAAUGCUGGAUAUACAAAUUUUUAUAAUUAUUUGUUUGCACACGGUGCACCUAAAGGAAACGUACGAAAAUUUUUAAAUAAAAAACACGUGAGAACGGCCAUUCACGUCGGAAACGUCCCUUUUGCUAAUUCAACACUUGUUAGCACCAUUUUAUAUAAUGAAAUAAUGGAAUCCGUUCGUCCCUGGUUAGAAUUUGUCAUUGAUAAAUGCAGAGUUUGGUUAUAUUAUGGACAAAUGGAUUUAAGGGAUUCAUAUGUAGCAAGUAGAGAUUUCAUUUCCGAUCUCAAAUGGAGCGGAACAAAAAAUUUUAAAAAAGCUAAAAGACAAAUUUGGAAAGUUGAGCAAGACGUAGCAGGAUACGUAAGAUCUUACGGUAAUCUAACGGAAAUAAUGGUGCGUAAUGCCGGUCAUUUUGUGCCAAUGGAUCAACCAAAAUGGGCUCUAGACAUGUUUAAUAGAUUUAUUUUUAAUGUUACCUUUUCUUGA